AUGGAAAAAAAAGAUUUGAAUCUAGAUCUUCCUUUACAUCAAAGCAUUGAGACACCAAAAUCACAUAAAUAUUCUGACAGUGGGAAAAGCUUUACUGACAGCAGUACUUUUAACACCCAUAAAACAACCCAUAGAGUGGAGAAGUCUUAUAAGUGUACAGAGUGCAGAAAGUGUUUCUAUACAAGCACUGAUCUUACUAUGCACAAAAAGUCCCAUGCAGGAAAGAAAUAUAAAAGGAUGGAAUGUGAAAGGAGGUUCAAUAUGAGUAUUGAUUUUACAUCUCAUAAAUGGAUCCACAAACGGGAGAAACCAUAUAGGUGUACAGACUGUGGAAAAAGCUUCACCGCAACUGGUUCCCUUACUGCCCAUAAAAGGAUUCACACGGGGGAGAAACCAUAUAAAUGCAUGCAAUGUGGGAAGAGUUUCAGCCAAAGUACUUCCCUUACUUCCCAUGAAAGGAUGCAUACUGGGAUGAAACCAUAUCAGUGCAUGGAUUGUGGAAAAGAGUUCAGUCAAAGCAGUGAUCUCAUUUCCCAUAAAAGGAUCCAUACAGGGGAAAAACCGUUUAAAUGCCUGGAGUGUGGAAAAAGCUUUACCAUGAGACGUGGUCUUACUUCCCAUGAAAGGAUCCACACCGGGGAGAAACCAUACCAAUGUACAGAUUGUGGAAAGUGCUUUAUAAGUAGGAGUGAUCUUACUUCCCAUAAAAGGAUCCACACAGGCGAGAAGCCGUAUCAGUGCAUGGAGUGCGGAAAAAGCUUCAGUUGGAGCAAUAACCUUACUAGUCAUCAAAGGAUCCACACAGGUGAAAAACCAUAUAAAUGCCUGGAAUGUGGGAAGAGUUUCAGCCAGAGCACUUCUCUUACUUCCCAUGAAAGGAUCCAUACAGGGAUGAAACCGUAUCAGUGUAUGGAUUGUGGAAAGAGCUUCAGUACAAGCAGUGAACUCAUUUCCCAUAAAAGGAUCCACACAGGGGAGAAACCAUAUAAAUGCACAGAGUGUGGAAAGAGCUUCCGUAAGAGUACUGAUCUUAUUUCGCAUGAAAGGAUCCACACAGGAGAGAAGCCAUAUAGAUGUACAGAGUGUGGAAAAUGCUUCAGCCAACACAGAAACCUGUCCUGCCAUAAAAGGAUCCACACAGGGGAGAAGCCAUACAAAUGCACAGACUGUGGAAAGAGCUUCACCACCAGUGGUUCCCUCACUGCCCAUAAAAGGAUCCACACGGGGGAGAAACCAUAUAAGUGCACCGAAUGUGGGAAGAGUUUCAGCCAAAGUGCUUCCCUUAGUUCCCAUGAAAGGAUCCAUACUGGGAUGAAACCAUAUCAAUGUCUGGAUUGUGGAAAGAAAUUCAGUAAAAGCAGCCACCUUAGUUCUCAUAAGAAGAUCCACUCGGGGGAGAAGCUAUACAAAUGCACAGAUUGUGAAAAGAGCUUUUAUACAAGCAGUUCCCUGAUAUCACAUAAGAGGAUCCAUUCUGGCGAGAAACCAUAUCAUUGCAUGGACUGUGGAAAGAGUUUCAAUACAAGCAGUUCCCUCAGUUCACAUAGGAGGAUCCACACAGGAGAGAAACCAUAUGAGUGCCGGGAGUGUGGAAAGAGUUUCAGUCACAACACUUCCCUCUCCUUUCAUAAAAGGAUCCACACAAAGAAGAACUCACCUUCUUCUUCCUACUCAUGUAAAUGCCUGGAAUGUGGGAAGAGCUUCCGCUCUGCAACUCACCUCACUUUCCACAAUAGAAUCCAUACAGGAGAAAAGCCAUAUCAUUGCACGGUGUGUGGAAAGAGCUUCACCCAAAAUGGCAAUUUCAAUUUACAUAAGAGGGUCCACACCGGAGAGAAGCCAUAUAAAUGCACAGAGUGUGGGAAAUGUUUCAAGGCCCCAGGUGCUCUUACUUCCCAUAAGAGGAUUCACACAGGGGAGAAACCCUAUGAAUGUCUGGAAUGUGGAAAAUGUUUCAGCAGACGUGAUACUCUAACUUUACAUAAUAAGAUACAUAAAGGGGAGAAACCUUAUCAAUGCCUGCACUGUGGAAAGAGCUUCAGUCAAAAAGUUCAUCUUAAAUCACACGAGAGGAUCCAUACGGGGGAAAAACCAUUUCAAUGCAUGGAGUGUGGAAAGAACUUCCGUGUCUCAACAAGCCUUACUGCCCAUCACAGAAUCCACACAGGGGAGAAGCCCUUUCAAUGCCUGCAGUGUGGAAAGCUCUUUGCCAGUUCUGGUGGCUUUCAUGCCCACGAACGGAUCCACACAGGGGAGAAACCGUACAAAUGCCUGGAGUGUGGAAAGAGCUUCAGUAAACCCAGCCACCUAACUUCCCAUAAAAGUAUCCACAGUGGAGAGAAACAUUAUCAGUGUACUGAGUGUGGGAAGCGCUUCAGUCAAACAAGUCACCUUAAUAUUCAUAAAAGGAUCCACACAGGGGAAAAGCCAUAUAAGUGCACCGAAUGUGCCAAAUGCUUCACCGACUCUGGGGCCCUCGUUCGCCACAAAAGGAUGCACUCUGGAGAGAAACCAUUUGAAUGCAAGGAAUGUGGAAAAAGCUUCAGUCAAAAAAAAAACUUUUAUAUACAUUACAGAAUCCACACUGGGGAGAAACCCUACAAAUGCACUGCAUGUGAAAAGAGCUUCAGUGAUCCUCAAGAACUUGCUUCCCAUGAAAGGAUCCACACUGGGGAAAAACCUUAUAAAUGUGUGGAGUGUGGAAAGGGCUUUAGGACCUCCAGUGACCUUAGUUCCCAUAAGCGGACCCACACAGGUGAAAAGCCCUAUCAGUGUGGUGAGUGUGGAAAGUGCUUUAGUCAAAACAGUUCCCUUAGUAGCCAUAGAAGAAUUCACUCAGGAGAGAAACCAUAUAAAUGUAUGGAGUGUGGAAAGUGCUAUACACAUAGCAGUGCUCUUAAUUACCAUAGAAGGAUACACACAGCUGGAAGUAUCUCAGAGAAGGAAGCCUCUUCCAUCCCUAUAUGAGGUAAAUUUUUCCUAGAACUGGAUGUCUUUGGGCAGUAUUUUAUUUCUUUAUAUUAAAUGUAUAUGCUUCCUUGAGAAUUUGAAUAUUAUUGGGGGAAUUUUUCCCUUCAGGACCUCAGUUUUGCUCUCCCACAGCUUCUUCCCAUGCCCCACAGU